AUGAGAUCUAUUUUCGAAAAAAUUAAUACCCAGCAUGAGAACUCGUUCUGAAAAAAAUCAGAAAAUUCUAACGACUUAGAAUUAGAAAAAAUCAUUUAUCAGGGAAAGCUGACUGAGCUUAAAUCGUCAGGAAAAUUAAAAGAAAAAUUUUUUUCUUUAAGCUCAAAAUACCUAUUUUCAGCUAAAUCUGAAAAUUCAAAGCCAGACAAGCAAGCUACUAUAAGAUUCCGCACUAUAGACCCAUUUGUAGAAGAAACGAAAAAUUCAAUUAACUAUGGAUUCCAAAUUUUAUGAAAUCACCACACGAAAUACUUUUACACAAAUUCCAGCCAUGAGCUUGAUAACUGGCUUGAUUCUUUGGCAGCAGUUGGGAUUAUGACCAAGGUUGAAGAUGACUAUGAGAUACUUAAAAUCCUCGGCUCAGGGAGUUAUGCAACUGUAUACCUCUCUCGAGACCUCUGUACAAAUAAAGAGUUUGCAAUAAAAGCAAUUGAUAAGUCACUAAUUAAAGGCAAAAAUAUUUAUUUCGGGAUGAUUAAUGAAAUUGAGAUCCUCAGAAAUUUGGACCAUCCCAAUAUUAUAAAGCUCCAUAGGGUGUAUGAGUCGGAUACUCAUAUUUAUUUGGUUCUAGAUUAUAUAAAAGGCGGCAACCUUUUAUCAAGAUUGCAUGCAAGAGGGCCGAUAUCAGAAAAGCAAUCAAAGAAAUUUAUGGAAAAGCUCUUACUCCCACCCUCCGUGAGUGAACAAAAAUUUUUUUUUUAAUAGAAAAAUUUUUUAUGGAAAAAAAUGUGAUAUAUAAGUGAUAAUUAGUAUAAUGAAAUCUAGAGCUAAUUCUAUUUAAUUUUGAACGAAUUGCUUUUUAAAACAUAAAUUUUAUAAAUUAAAUUAAUAUUUUUUUUUUCAAUUUUUGCGAAUUAGGAUUUUUUAAAUUUCGAAAAAAAAAUUUUUUAGAAAAUUUAUAUAUAAAUGUUUUUAAAAAAAAAAAAUUAACCCCCUCCGUGAGUGAACAAAAUUUUUUUUGUUCACUCACGGAGGAAGGGGGAGUUAGGGCUGCUUAAUUAUCUAGAAGAAAGGGAUAUAGUCCAUAGAGACAUCAAGCUUGAAAACAUUUUGCUGACUUCUGAUACCAAAAUUUCAGAUUUCAAGCUAAUUGAUUUUGGAUUUUCAGAAAUUUUGCAAGACAAAUCAACCGCAUAUUGUGGGACGCCCGGGUAUAUGGCUCCUGAAAUAUUAAAAAAUAUUCCUUAUGGGCUGAAAGUUGAUAUUUUCAGCGCUGGGAUCAUUUUGUACAUGAUUUUAUCCAACCAAGCUCCAUUUUGUGGAGAUUCUGAAAAUGAAAUGAUAGAGAGCAACAAGCAAGGCUCAAUUGUAUUUGACAGCAAGCACUUUAUGAUGAUUUCGCCAGAUUCCAUACGUGUUAUUAUGGAAAUGACAAACUCUGAUCCUUCUUCCCGACCAUCUGCUAAAGAGCUACUUCGGCUGAGAUGGUUUACAAAAGAAAAAUUAAGCCAAAAAUUCAAAAGAAUCCAUAUUCAUGAGAUUCAUUCGGAACUAUCCAAUGUAUAUAGAAGGCAUGCAAAUAUUGGAUAUACAGAAGAUAGCUAUGGGAAGGAAAGAAACGAACUAAUUGAUUCAAAUCUGAUUUUUUUUGCUGAGAAUUAUCAUCAAAGAAUCAAAUUUUAA